GGGCGUUUCACUAGCACGUUUGGGCGCGUUGGGCGGCGUCUGGGUAUAAAAGACUCCAUCCGAGCCGGCAGCCGCCAUUCUGGGGUUCGUUUAGAGGUUUGAAUUUUCUCGGAGAAAGACAGGCCGGCCACGAGGAAAACAGAAACAAGCCGCAGCAACAUCUAAGCCCUUGAAAGGAUCCUGAGAGGGGGGAAAGGGAACUCAGCAGCCACCAGCCCAACCACUGUGUCUUCUGCCCCUUCCCACCUGUCUUGCCCACCCCAUCAGCCCACGCUGCUUGGGACUUGAAAUCUGUGGCCGAAGGACCGUCACCACAUAACUUCAAAAAUAAUCAACCACCCUCCCUCCCCAAACCCACCCAAAUUCACUCAUCCAGCGUUUACUUUUUUUAAUCCACUCAGAAUUUUUUUUCUACGACCCCCCUCCCUAAAUGGAGUUGGGUGGGGGAGUAAUGAAUACUGAGUUGGCCUUUAUUUUUUAAGAGACUUUUUGAUCCAAUGAGGCCCCCCAAAUAAUUGAGUUUUGGGUCCUGGUUGGUUGUUUUUUUUUCCUCCAAAAUUUUGUCCCCUGCCCCCUGAGCCCGAGGUGCUGACGUCGCAAAAAAAUUGGAUAGUAAGUGUCGAAUUUUCAAAAACCAGCCUUGCAACAAGAAAUCAACGUUUCCCGUUGUGAAACCAAAAGUAAUGAGAGGAAGAAAUGAGACCAUAGAACAAAUAUAGAACUGGAGAAGGACCGAUCGGGUCACUUAAUCUCCAUUAAAAAGGGCCUUUGGGUCUGAACAGUCUUGUUCUCUCUCCCCUACCACCAGUCCUUGUCCUGCUGAGCAGGCAAGGAGAGGGUGGGGGGAGGGCCAGCAAAUGAGAAUUUUUGACGGUUAACCCUUGGUAAUCCAGGCAAUUUCCAGACUGCCAAAGCCAUAAGUGUUUGCUUUUUAUAAGGAGGAAUGGUUGCCUUCCUCUGGUUAGCAGCAGUCUUCAAAAGGGUUAAUGAGCUCACAUACAAAAGAUGGUGGAUCUUGUGGCCCAGAAGUCCCACUUCUUUGUGUGUGAGACAAGCAGGGCGCCUUUCAAUUUGCCAGAUAAAUAAGCAAUCUGUACAUAAAGAUUGCAGGGUAAGGAGAUGGGCAGAGAAAUGGUAGCUGGCUAUGACUUUAAAUGAUUGUUAAAUCCUCUUAAUUUUAAUGUAAUUUGCUUGGGGUAUAUUUGUGUGUUAAAAUAGGUGGCAAUCUAGGAAUAAAGAUUGCAAGACACUUUUAGGGUAAAAUAUAAUCUUAGGGUCAGUACAUACAAAAUAGUUGGGGAGGUAAAGAAUGUCUUGUAAUUGUUGCAGAUUGCAUAGGUUAUUUAAAAGCAAAAAAGUGAUUAACAUUUUAACUUGAUAUCUUUUGGUGGGGGAUACAGUUAAAUAGAGGUGGGAAAGGUUGGGAAAUGUGGAAUUCAGGAGUAUAAUUUUAAAAGCCAUUUAGUGCAAUUGAAUGCUAGCUUUCUAAAAGAUUUGUGUCGUUAAAAGGAAUUUUUUUCUUCCCUGCUUCAAUAUGGCGACGUUCCUUGUCCUUUUGUCUUCCAAGCGGCGUUGCAGGUUGUGUUUUGACCCAUUUUUCUCCUGUUCUCCCACCUCAACCCUAUUUGUUGAGAGGGGUCCAAGUCCUCCCCCUUUCCCUCUGUAGGGAGAAUGGGGGUGGUUGAUGGUAGCAGGUUGAAUCUCAAUUGCAAAUUCAGUUCUUCCCCUCAGAAAAUUUGUUCUUUUUAAUAUUUUAAUUGAUUUAAUUUUCACUACACUCUUAACUGAUCAAAAUUGAUCAAAGAUUAUUCAGGAUGGAGGGUUGGCUUUUGUUUGUUUGUUUGUUUUUUUUUUUUUGCUAAAAAAGGGUGUUUAUGAUAUAGCUGAAGCUAUCGGCAGAGCCGGGUGGCUUUUUAAAGUUUGAGUCCUCUUCUCCAUUACAAAAUGGCGUCCCUCCUUUGUUGUUUUUCUUCCCCUUUUGCCAUCCAGAGCUUAGGGCCGCCCUAGAAACUUGGUCAAGGGGGAGGAGCAGCAUUGAAAGGUGAUGUAAUCAGCUUUCUUCCUCCUCUCUCCACCCUCUUGAAACUCCACCCCUGAGCAGAUGCCUUCUGGAUUUCCCUGUGCUACUUGCUGCUAGGGGGGAGAAUAGCAGAAGACAUUUUCCUUAUUAGAUAACAAUCUUUUAAAGCCUUUGUCUUGAAGAGAUGAGGCUGUCCAUCUCCUUGCGUAGCUCUAGUUUUUUUUAUUUAACAGCCCGUUGCUUUUAUGUUCACUUCACUUCAUCACAACUGCUUGGAAGUUUUCCCUACUUCGGUUGCCAGGGUAUUCUCAACUAAGACGGAAGGCUUUUGGGGGAGUGCGUGUGAGCCUGUGUGUAUGUGUAUAUGUGUGUUGGGGGAAAUGGGUAAGACACAAGGGCUUACGUGAAUAACUUGGAGACAAAUGGGGCCUAAUGACACUGAAAUGUGCCAUUUCUGUUCAGGACCCAGUCCUCAGGCCUCCUGCAUUUCGUUGCUUUGUGGGGGAAGGUGGGUACUUCAGGACUUUUCUUCUAAAUUGCCCUUAUUUCCACCUCUCGGUUUGGGGAUAAACUCUUUGUAUUCAGUGCUGUAUCACGUUCUCCACUUGCUUAGUUCCUGUACAUUGGUACUAGGAUGAAAAGUGAAUCUUUAGGAAAGGAGGCGGCAGUUGUAAACUCAAGGCAGGGGGAAUCAAGCUACGGUUUCUGAAACCACAGUCAUGGGUUCGGGUCCCAUAGACCCCAAAGAGCUUCUUAAAGGCCUGGAUAGCUUCCUUAACCGAGAUGGGGAAGUCAAGAGUGUGGAUGGGAUUUCCAAGAUCUUCAGUCUGAUGAAGGAAUCACGAAAGAUGGUGAGUCGAUGCACUUACUUGAACAUUCUCCUGCAGACCCGUUCACCAGAAAUACUGGUCAAGUUUAUUGACGUUGGUGGUUACAAACUUCUUAACAAUUGGCUGACAUAUUCAAAGACAACCAACAACAUUCCCCUCCUCCAGCAAAUUCUGCUGACCCUGCAGCACCUACCGCUCACUGUGGACCAUCUCAAGCAGAACAACACAGCCAAACUGGUGAAGCAACUAAGCAAGUCCGGUGAGGAUGAAGAGCUCCGGAAAUUGGCUUCAGUCCUGGUCAGCGACUGGAUGGCUGUCAUCCGCUCCCAGAGCAGUACUCAGCCUGCUGAGAAAGAUAAGAAGAAACGUAAAGAAGAGGGAAAGAGUCGAACCACCCCUCCAGAGCGACCUUUGACUGAGGUAAAGGCUGAGACCCGGUCUGAGGAGGCCCCAGAGAAGAAAAAGGAGAAGCCCAAGUCUCUUCGAACCACAGCACCCAGUCACGCCAAGUUCCGUUCCACUGGACUAGAGCUCGAAACACCGUCUUUGGUGCCUGUGAAGAAAAAUGCCAGCACAGUGGUGGUUUCUGACAAGUACAACCUUAAACCUAUUCCCCUCAAGCGUCAGAGCUCUGCAGCUGCUCCAGGGGAUGCUGCGCUCCCUGCAGAGAAGAAAUACAAGCCACUCAACACAGCACCUAACGCCACCAAAGAAAUCAAAGUGAAGAUCAUCCCGCCACAGCCUAUGGAGGGCCUGGGCUUUCUGGAUGCUCUCAAUUCAGCCCCUGUUCCAGGCAUCAAAAUUAAAAAGAAGAAGAAGGUGCUCUCACCUACAGCUGCCAAGCCAAGCCCCUUUGAAGGGAAAACGAGCACAGAACCAAGCACAGCCAAACCUUCUUCCCCAGAACCGGCACCUCCUUCUGAGGCUAUGGACACAGACCGCCCAGGCACCCCAGUGCCCCCUGUUGAAGUCCCAGAGCUCAUGGAUGCAGCCUCUUUGGAACCAGGGGCUCUGGAUGCAAAGCCAGUGGAGAGUCCUGGAGAUCCCAGCCAGCUGACCCGGAAGGGCAGGAAGAGGAAGACCGUGACGUGGCCUGAGGAGGGCAAACUGAGAGAGUAUUUCUAUUUUGAACUGGAUGAAACUGAACGAGUAAAUGUGAAUAAGAUCAAGGACUUUGGUGAGGCGGCCAAGCGAGAGAUACUGUCAGACCGGCAUGCAUUUGAGACGGCCCGGCGUCUGAGCCAUGACAACAUGGAGGAGAAGGUGCCAUGGGUGUGUCCCAGGCCCCUGGUUCUGCCCUCACCUCUUGUUAGCCCUGGAAGCAACAGCCAGGAGCGAUAUAUCCAGGCUGAGCGGGAGAAAGGAAUCCUUCAGGAGCUCUUCCUAAACAAGGAGAGUCCUCACGAGCCUGACCCGGAGCCCUAUGAGCCCAUACCCCCUAAGCUCAUCCCGCUCGACGAGGAGUGUUCCAUGGAUGAGACCCCAUAUGUUGAGACGCUAGAACCUGGAGCGUCAGGUGGCUCACCUGAUGGGGCAGGAGGCUCCAAGUUACCUCCUGUUCUGGCCAAUCUUAUGGGAAGCAUGGGUGCUGGGAAGAGCCCCCAGGGCCCUGGAGGAGGAGGCAUUAACGUCCAGGAGAUCCUUACCUCCAUAAUGGGUAGCCCAAACAGUCAUCCCUCAGAGGAACUACUGAAACAGCCAGACUAUUCAGACAAGAUCAAGCAGAUGCUGGUGCCACAUGGACUCCUAGGUCCUGGUCCAAUAGCCAAUGGUUUCCCACCAGGAGGCCCUGGGGGCCCCAAGGCCAUGCAGCACUUCCCUCCUGGACCUGGGGGACCUAUGCCAGGUCCUCAUGGAGGCCCUAGCGGGCCUGUGGGUCCACGUCUCCUAGGUCCCCCACCACCUCCCCGUGGAGGUGACCCCUUCUGGGAUGGCCCGGGUGACCCUAUGCGGGGCAGCCCAAUGCGGGGGGGUCCAGGACCAGGUCCUGGACCAUACCAUAGAGGCCGAGGUGGCCGAGGAGGAAAUGAACCCCUUCCACCUCCUCCAUUUCGAGGGGCCAGAGGAGGUCGCUCUGGAGGCGGACCUUCAAAUGGACGAGGGGGCCCUGGCGGCAUGGUUGGAGGUGGUGGACAUCGUCCUCAUGAAGGCCCUGGUGGGGGCAUGGGCAGUGGCAGUGGACAUCGCCCCCAUGAAGGCCCUAGUGGGAGCAUGGGUGGCGGUGGAGGACAUCGUCCCCAUGAAGUCCCUGGCGGUGGCAUGAGUGGCAGCAGUGGCCAUCGUCCCCAUGAAGGCCCUGGCAAUGGCAUGGGUGGUGGCGGUGGCCAUCGUCCCCACGAAGGCCCUGGCGGAGGAAUGGGUGCUGGUGGGGGACAUCGCCCCCAUGAAGGCCCUGGUGGGAGCAUGGGUGGAAGCGGUGGACAUCGCCCCCAUGAAGGCCCUGGACAUGGGGGACCUCAUGGUCACCGGCCUCAUGAUGCCCCUGGUCACCGAGGCCACGACCAUCGAGGGCCACCUCCUCAUGAGCACCGUGGCCAUGAUGGCCCUGGCCACGGGGGAGGGGGCCACCGAGGGCACGAUGGAGGCCACAGCCAUGGAGGAGACAUGUCAAACCGCCCCGUCUGCCGACAUUUCAUGAUGAAGGGCAACUGCCGCUAUGAAAACAACUGUGCCUUCUACCACCCGGGUGUCAAUGGGCCUCCCCUGCCAUAGGGACCACCUGCCGCCCUGCCCACACACCCCCUGUGGACUGCAGCCUUGCUCCUUCCACCUUGUUAUGGCUUCUGUGAGGCCCAUUUCCCCUUCCCCAGCUGAUGAGGAGCCAGCCCCUCAGUUCCCACCUGCUUGGGUUCCUGGGGGUUUUCUGAUCACUGGUGCGCAUCGAUGUACAUAUUUUCCUCCAGUCUGGGGAGGAGAGAGACUGGACACGUUCUGUACCCUGGACUGCUGAAGAGGAGACCCAGUUGGCUUCACUUUUUGAGGAGAUUCACCCUGUACCCCAAAUCCCUUUCCAGUAUUACCCUUACGCCUGAGAACCUAAAGCUGGUUAUCCUGGAGAACCCUCUACUCCUGUCGUGGGUCCUCCACAUGCACACACAGCUCUGACACAGGACCACCUGCACUUAGGAAAUUGUCCCAGCCACGUUCAUUAUUCCGCACGGGGUGGGGAAAUGGUGAAGGGGUACUGUAUAUGCCAGUGCACUAAGGGCUCGAUCAGGCUGGGUUUGAGUUCUGCACACACAUCAUCUCUAUUCCUCCCCUGACACGGGCUCUACAUUCUGAGUCCUUGUUCAAGUAGGACGUUGCACCCUUCUGCGAACACUCAAGUCUGCAUCAUGGGUCUGUUAGGUUCAAUGAUGGCAAAUUCAUGUUUCCAUCCAGUGGAAGCUUGAGCUGGCAUAAGUGAGGCCUGUGGUGUCGGCCUUCCCUUGCCAACUACAGCCACUCUGGAAACUUCAUAAAAUACUUCAGUGAGACCAGCUUCUCAUCAACUUGUGCCCAGCACGCUGGGCCUGACAGUCACACUACAUGCACUGCCUUUGGGAGUUGUUAGCCUGCUCCUUGCCCCCACCUGGAACCUUGUCAGUGUGAGGCUUCCAGAAACCUUGCUCUGUCAGCCACUUCCGAGUCCCCACCAGGUGCCUUCCUGGUGGGUUCAACAAGAUGAUUUUGCCCUUUCCCAGUCCUCUCCUUCACCUGUCUUGGCAUCAGUUGUUUUCUAUGAAAACAGUGGAUUGGUUGGGUUUUGUGCAGGGUCUUGGGUUAUCGCCACAAUGGAUUUGAGGAUGAGUAUUUUCUUUUUCUUUUGGUUUUUGUAUAUUUUGUACAUUAAUAAUAAACAGUGGAAAGAGAAGCAGCUUAUUUAA